UGCCAAAGACGUAAGAGUUGGAAAAAUAUGGAGUAUGCACAAAAACCGCCGGCAUUGAGUUCCGAAGGAUCGAUGAGUGAAAACUGGGUAGACUGGAAACAGCAGUUUCUAAUAUUUCUGAAAGCUUCAGGUAUAGCUGAUAAGCCAACAGAUGUAAAGGCCAGCAUUCUUUUGAAUUUGAUCGGCCCUGUCGGCAUGAAAGUUUUUAAAAAGUUUAUUUUCCACCAUCCGGCCGAUAAAGAAAAUGUGGAUAUACUAAUGGAGAAAUUUGACGAUCACUUUUCACCUCGAAAAACCGAAGUGCAUGAUAGAUAUAUCUUCUUUUCGAGCACGAGACAAAAGUCAGAGACUAUUCGACAGUACGUGGAGACUUUGAAGGAAAAAGCAAAUUGUUGCAACUUUGGUGUUUUAACAGAAACCCUGAUAAGAGACAAACUUGUAUUAGAUAUGAAGAACAAGGAUCUGAGGAAACAUUUGUUUGAGCAAAAAUAUUUGUCCUUAAGUCAAGUCAUUGAUCUGUGGGAGAAGUGUGAACAUACUGAAUUAAUUUCUAAAUUGUGCAUAUCAAAAGAACUUUUGGAAAAACAGUCUUACAAAGCGGCGGAUAAAAACCUAUCUAAGAAAACAUGGAAUUGCAUUAAGUGCAAUACAUCCCACGAGCCGAAGCAGUGCCCUGCACAGGGGAAGAAAUGUGAAAAUUGUGGAAUGUACAAUCACUUGACAGCAUGUUGUAACAAACCAGCAGCAUUAAAAAAUAACCUUGCACAGAAUGAUCUGGUAUAAUUCACAACAGCAAUUUUAUGUACAUUUGUCAUUCGUUUCCAAAAAUUCAAAGCUUUGUCUUAUGAGUGUCACAUAUCCUUCAAGCUUUA